AUGGAAGUCUGCGUCCCUCGCUAUCGGUCCUUCGUCGGCAUCCUAGUAUUCCUGCCCUGGGCUUUAUCUAUCAUUGCCUUGGGGGGUGUCGGGUACCUGCUACGAGACUGGAGGUGGUUCAUGUUCACAGUCAGUCUGCCGAGUGUGCUCUCCUUGCCCGCGCUGUGGUUUAUCGACGAAUCACCUCGUUGGCUGAUCGUGAAAGGUCGCCACCAGGAGGCUCUGCGCGUCCUCCGAAGGGCUGCGAAAUGGAACAAGGUCAAAUUACCAAGAGACGAGGAGCUAUUAAAGGUCAUGGCGGAAAUACAAAAGGAGCAAGGAGAUGGGCGGCAUGAAGACCGAGCGAAUUCAUCGACAUUUUCAGAUCUCCUCAGAAGUAUUGCCAAUGAGCUUGUUAUUCUUUUCAGAACCCGAAGAAUACGGUCCUUAACCCUAUACUUAUACGCGAAUCACGUGGUAGCGGGUCUAGUCUACUACGGCCUCUCCCUCGGUGGCGACAAGUUCGGCGUCGACCCCUUCGUGUACAUGACCCUGAGCGGGGUCGUGGAGCUCCCCGGCGGCACGCUCACGAUUCCGAUGGUGGACAAGAUGGGCAGGAGGCCGUCGAAUGUCAUCUGUUUCUUUGUCACGGCUGCGGUUCUGCUAGUUCUUGGGGUCGUUCCGGCAGGUAUUGACUGGCUGGUGACAACAAUGGCUUUACUUGGGAAGCUGACCAUCGCCGCAGCCUACCAGAUUCUCUCCCUCCAAGCCACGGAACUUUUCCCAACCGAAGUCAGAGUCCGCGGAUUGGGAACCUGUUCAAUGAUGUCCAAGAUCGGGUCGAUUUCCGCGCCGUUUCUGGUGGAGGCUUUGGUAAGGAGAGGAUUCCUUCGUUAG